AUGUUUGGCCGAUGGAUUAAUUGUGUACUUUCUAUUAUCAUUCUACUUCUUUUUAUAUCUACAAAUGUAUAUGGUAUGAUAUGCAGCAACUAUCAAAGAUUGUGCACUGACAAUCGUUAUACUUGGUGCUGUCGACAAAAUGAAUUCUGUGGAAAUUAUUCUAUUCAAUGUUCUUCUGAUCAAACAAUAGAAAAAUCUAUUUCAGCAUCUUCAUCAAAUUUGUCACCGGCUAUUAUCGCUAUUAUAGUCGUUUUUUCAAUUAUUUGUUUAAUUAUAUGUGUAUGCUGUUGUUUUUCUUUAAAUCAACAACAGCAACAACGUUCACAUCUUUCUAUUAGGACUCCGAUUAUUCAAAGAAGAGUAUAUCCAUAUCAACAAGGACCACCACGAAAUAUUCAUAUUCCACGAGGUUACGAUCGCAAUAAUCCAUUAUCAUGUCCACGAAGUCCUGAUCUGUACGACGAGCCACCACCAUCAUAUGAAGCUGCAAUUGCUAAUUCUUCAUCCAAAUAUCGAUCGACAUCAUCAUCGUCACAACCUGUAACAACAAGUGUUGAAUCAACUAAUUAA